AAAAUCAUUGAUCAAUCAUUUGAUAAUUCAACUUUGAUUUUGAUCCAUCAUCUUCCCUCCACUCUUUUGUUUUUCCAUAAUUGUUUAUUCCUGUUUUGAUCUCCCCUAGACGUCGAGGUCUCGAGCUUCCUAUUCGAUCCAGGUUUGGUCUCUCGACGGAAAUGGAGGAUCCUCUGAUUGGUCGAGAGGGCAUUGGAAGGCCUACGGAUCGUAUUUUCCGCAGAUCAGAAGCCAUCACUCAUGGUUCUACCUUCCAAAAGGCCGCUGCUCUCGUCGAUCUGGCUGAAGAUGGCAUUGGUCUUCCCGAGGAAAUACUCGACCAGUCGAGUUUCGAGGAGUCUGCUAAGUACUAUUUCAUCUUCACACGUCUGGACCUGAUAUGGUCUCUCAACUACUUUGCCCUGAUUUGCCUUAACUUCUUCGAGAGACCAUUGUGGUGUGAUAAGAAACCUACACCUUCUUGCAGCGACAGAGAUUACUACUACUUGGGCCAGUUACCAUACUUGACCAAUGCAGAAGCUGUUGUCUAUGAGGUGAUUACCCUUGUAAUACUUCUUGUGCAUACUUUCUUUCCAAUCUCCUACGAAGGUUCCCAAAUUUACUGGAAAAGUCGGCUGAACCUACUGAAGGUUGCUUGUGCAGUAGUUUUGGCUGUGGACGUGCUGGUAGAUUUCCUUUACCUGUCUCCUUUGGCUUUUGAUUUUCUCCCUUUUAGAAUCGCGCCAUAUGUGAGAGUUCUGAUAUUCAUCCUCAGCAUAAGGGAACUUCGAGACUGUCUUGUCCUUUUGGCUGGAAUGCUUGGCACAUAUUUGAACAUCUUGGCUUUGUGGCUGUUGUUCCUUCUUUUCGCCAGUUGGAUUGCUUAUGUCAUGUUCGAGGACACUCAACAAGGGCUCACCUUGUUCAAUUCUUACAGUGCCACCCUUUACCAGAUGUUCAUUUUAUUCACAACUUCCAACAACCCCGAUGUCUGGAUUCCGGCAUACAAGUCUUCACGCUGGUCUUCGUUGUUCUUCAUUCUCUAUGUCCUGAUUGGUGUCUACUUUGUCACUAACUUGAUUCUUGCCGUCGUAUAUGAUAGUUUCAAAGAGCAGCUCACCAAACAAGUUUCAGGAAUGGACCUUAUGAAGAGAAGAAUGCUGGAGAAAGCCUUUCACCUUAUAGAUAAAGACAACACAGGGGCCAUUGAUAAGGAGAAAUGUAUUCUGCUCUUUGAAGCAUUGACUAACUACAGGACUUUGCCAAAAAUAUCAAAAGAAGAAUUUGGAUUGAUAUUUGAUGAGCUCGACGACACUCGUGACUUCAAGAUAAACAAGGAUGAGUUUGCCGACCUUUGCCACGCCAUUGCACUAAGAUUCCAAAAGGAGGAAGUCCCAUCUCUAUUUGAAAACCUCCCUCAAAUUUACCACUCACCCAUCUCGAAACAGCUGAGAGCCUUUGUUCGAAGCCCGUACUUUGGAUACGUUGUUUCAUUCAUCCUCGUCUUGAAUCUGAUAGCCGUCAUUGUGGAGACAACGCUUGAUAUCCAAGAAAGCUCUGCUCAGAAGACAUGGCAGGUCGUUGAAUUUGUCUUUGGUUGGAUAUAUGUGCUGGAGAUGGCUUUGAAGAUAUAUUCAUAUGGAUUCGAGAACUAUUGGAGGGAUGGUCAAAAUCGCUUUGAUUUUAUUGUCACAUGGGUCAUAGUUAUCGGAGAAACGCUCACCUUUGUAACCCCAGAUGAGAACACUUUCUUCUCGAAUGGAGAAUGGAUCCGGUAUCUUCUCCUUGCAAGAAUGUUAAGACUGAUAAGGCUGCUAAUGUACGUCCAACGCUACCGAGCUUUUAUUGCAACGUUCAUUACACUCGUUCCAAGCUUGAUGCCAUAUCUAGGGACCAUAUUCUGCAUUCUGUGUGUCUACUGCUCUAUCGGCCUUCAGAUCUUUGGUGGGAUCGUGAACGCUGGAAACAAACAAGUAGCAACAACCGAUAUGGCCGAGAAUGAUUAUCUUCUGUUCAAUUUCAAUGACUACCCGAACGGGAUGGUGACCCUCUUUAACCUGCUCGUUAUGGGAAACUGGCAAGCCUGGAUGGAGAGUUACAGGCAGUUAACCGGGACAUGGUGGAGCAUUACGUAUUUUAUCAGUUUCUACAUCAUCACUGUUCUACUUCUAUUGAAUCUGGUGGUGGCUUUCGUGUUGGAGGCGUUCUUCGCCGAGCUAGAUCUUGAGGAAGCAGAAAAAUGUCAAGGGAAUACAGAGGAGUCUGAAGAAAGGGGACAGAGACGCCGCUACUCAGGAACGAAGAGCCGAAGCCAGAGGGUGGAUGCGCUUCUUCAUCACAUGUUGGGUGAAGAACUCAACCAGACUCAGUGUUCCGCUGCUUGAUCUCUCUCUCUCUCUCUCUCUCUCUCUGGUAAAAGCCUCAGAUCUUUCAUAUUUGGGAAUGUGGAGACUGGAGAGAUUCUUGUUUCUGCCUUCGACUCGUCAAUUUAUAGAGAGGUCAGAAUCCAUAUGUAUAAAAAAAAAAACCGUGUGUACGAGUGAAUGAUAAUUCUUGUGAUUUUAUUCACGUUUUCUUUAUAUUUUUGGGUCCGCCCGUCCACUUUUACAAGGGUAGGGGUAUUUUGGUCUUUCUCAAUCAUAAAUUAGUUUUCUUGUA